GCUUCACUUCUCAGCCGAGUUUUUACGUGAGCGGCUCAACGGAGGGGUCUGGAAGUAUUUCUGGGUUUUUUCUUUCUUUCUUCCAUCUAAAAAGAUUAUUCUGCACUGCGUAUCUCCGUACCGCAGAUGUGUUUGGGCUUUGCGGGGUGAAUUUCUGAGUUUUUCCUGUAUUUUCCUGUAUCCAGACAUGCAGCCUCCUCCAAGAAAGGUAAAAGUCACACAAGAGGUGAAACACACUCACACAGACCAGCUGAACAGACUCCAGCUCAAACACCAGACAGACUUGGACUUCCUAGAGGAUCUGAGGACAUACAGCCAGAAGAAAGCGCUAAUAGAGAAAGAUUACUCACAGGCUCUGCAGAAGCUUGCAUCACAGUACUUGAAGCGAGAGUGGUCUGGAGCCCCAUCAGAGGAGCAGAAAGACUCCAGAAAUGUUUGGGCCGUAUGGAGAUCCUACUUGGAGGGUGUGAUCAAAGUGAGCCAGUCUCGUAUCAACGGAUGUGAGAACUACAGGAGCCAGAUCUCAGAUCCUGUGAAGACGUUCAGAGCGCAGAAAGACCUUCAGCUGAAGAAGUGCUGCGAACAGCUGGCAAGAGCUCAGGCCGAUCUGCAGGUCACGAUCAGAGACCUGGAGAAGAACAGGAAGACCUACCAGGAGGCGGAACAAACAGCACAGACUGUGAGAGAGAAAGCUGAUAUGGAGGCUAAGUCAAAACUCAGUCUGUUUCAGUCACGCUCCAGUUUGAAGAGGGCGAGUGUGAAGCUGAAAGCCAAGAAGAACGAAUGGAAGUCAAAAGCCACACAAGCAAGGAAUGAUUACCUGCUCACACUCUCAGCCACUAACGCUCAUCAGGACCGCUAUUAUGAGACAGAUCUGAUCAGCUGCAUAAGGGUUUUAGAUGGCAGUUUCUACGAUCACGUACAGAGUUUUCUGAUUUCACUGUGUCAGACGGAGCUUGAGACGUCUCAAAGCAUUCAAGACACUUUUCAGUGCCUGCUGGAGACGUCCAGUGGGGUGACACAGGAUAUUCACCAACAGAUAUUCAUUCAGGACAACCCGGUGUUUCAGAAAGCUGCCCCCUUUCAGUAUCAGCCCUGUGAAAAUGAUUCGGUCAGGGAACUGCUGAAGGAGAGCGGCACAGCUGAAGAACACAGUCUGAAUAAAGAAGCACGGAAAUGGGCCACACGUGUGGCCAGAGAACACAAAAACAUCAUCCUUACACAGCGGACUCUUUUGGAGUAUGAAGAGUCACAUCUACAGGACCAGAAUAACAAUGAGCUGGAACUGAAAAUGGACGAUGCAAGAGAAUGCAUUCGGAAAUCAGAGACGGUGAAACUGAAGGCAGAGGCGCGUCUGAACCUCCUCAGAGACAUUGGUGUGGCUGUAGAUGUCUGGCUGAAGAGCGCCAUGAACCAAGUGAUGGAGGAGCUGGAGAACGAGAGAUGGGCGGGCCUUAAUACCCACGAUGCUUCAUUCUCUCACUCUGUAGAUGCUGACAGAGAAGAUGAUGAGGACACAGAGACGCUGGACGACAGCAGCUCCAGCCCCUCCAGCACUCACAGGAACUACCCUCUCACCUGCUCUGUGCUGUACGGCUAUCAGGCAUCCCAGCCUGAUGAGCUCACAAUCCAGGAACAGGAGAUACUGGAGCUUAUUGAUGAUGGAGACAUGGAGGACUGGGUUAAGGCUAGGAACAGAGCAGGGCAGGUGGGAUAUGUGCCAGAGAAAUACCUGCAGCUUCCGACCUCCAGCUCUCUACUGAGGAUGCUCCAGUCUUUCUCCAGCAUGGACGCCCAAUCACACACCUCCAGCACUUCUGCAGAACAAGAGCCAGAAAUAGAGACUCUCACCCAGAGCAGCCCGAACACUCAUGGCAGCCCCGUAAAUCUGGCCAGGGCUCUGUAUGCCUAUGAGGCUCAGACAGAGGACGAGUUGUCUUUCCCAGAGGGAGCCGUUAUUUGCAUUCUCAGCAAACACAACCAAGAAGAUGAUGGGUUCUGGGAGGGCGAGUUCAACGGCGCAGUGGGCGUCUUUCCCGCAGUAUUAGUGGAGGAUCUGUGCAGACCGGAUAGAGCACACAAGAGCAUGAAUGUACAGGUGGCUCUGUCAGUUUUGGAUCAAGCAGCUUGUCCACCCACUGUGUUUCCAUCCUGUAGCAGUCCAGAAUCCGUCCCGCUGCCAUCUUCGACCAGCACACUCACUUUAAACGGCUAUCAAUCCCCAGAAAUCCCCAAAAUCUCGAGCCAUAGUCACACCCACACCCCAUCACCCAGAUCCCCAGGAGAGGGCGGGUCGGGCCUGAGACCUGUAAGAGUUGCUCCUCCUCCACCCAAACAGCAGGCGCAGGGCCAGGUGCAGAAGAGAGAAGAGGUGGAGAUCACACUGGUUUGAGUGACACUUUGGGACACAUUUUACAAAUUGACGUUGCCAUGCUUGGAUGCACUGCGUGAAUUUGGUCCGAUGCAGGGUGGACGUUCUGAAACUUCUUGAAGAUAGAGAUGCACAAGCUGACGAGUACUUAAGUGGUUCCAGACCUCCUCCUCCAGUUUGUUUUUGACAAGGCCCAAAUGUGUUAAUGAAAGGACAUGCAAAAGCAGGCUUUACUAGAGCUACAAAGAGACUUUAAAGGGAAAAGUGGCAAUUUCAGUGUUGACUUUGUAUGUAUGAUUAUAUAUUCUGUCCAUAAAGAAUUUUAGGGCUAACAUGUUUAGAUGCAUAUUAUAGUUUUGGCUAAUCUGUACCUUUAUUGUCAGUAUUUUAAUCAUCUGAUCAGACAUUAUUUGAAUGAAUAUUCAUUUUGUAGGUAUUGUUUAUUUCAUGAGGCUAAACACAACCUGAGCACUUUAGAUUUAGUUUGUAAUGCAUUAUAGUAUUUUGAUUUAUUUUGGAAAUUCUCCUUUUCUUUUUGUUGCCAUUUUCUUCAUGUUGUUUAUUUUAAAACCAACAUGGGGAGAUGGUGAGAAACAUUCAUUUUUAGUUUCACAGUAUUUGUUUAAAAAAGUUUGAGUGUUUCUACAGUGGAGUACAAAAGGAAAGGAUUUUGUAGCAGCCACAUGUUCUUUUGUCGUUGUGUGGGAAAAGU